AUGGCUUUCUUGAUCAAGAGCAUGAUUGGGAACCCCCUGUCAGGAAUGGGUCUUGGUGGUGGAGGUGACAAAGAAGAGGAGGCCACCCCCUCAGAUCCAGCCAAAGCAGCAGGGAUGACACGCGAGGAGUAUGAAGAGUACCAAAAACAGUUGGUGGAGGAGAAGAUGGAGAGAGAUGCCGAAUUCUUAAACAAGAAGGCAGAGAGGGCGACGCUGAGGGUGUGUCUGAGAGAAAAGUACAGGCUGCCAAAGAGCGAGCAGGACGAGAACAUGAUCGAGAUGGCCGGGGACGACGUGGACGUGCCCGAGGAGCUGCUCAAGAUGGUGGACGAGGACGCCACGGAGGAGGAGGGCAAGGAGUCCAUCAUGGGCCAGUUUCAAAACUUGCAGAACAUGGACAUGGACCAGCUGAAGGAGAAGGCCUCGGCCACCGUCACCGAGCUGAAGAGCAAAGCGGAGGAGAAGUGCUCCGUCAUGUGAACGGUCGCCUGUGUGCGACGAGGAGGAAGAACAGAAGAAGACGAGAGGAUGAAUCUGCAGAGUGAAACCGCCUACGAAGUAUUAAAGCACUAAAAAAAAUAAAAAGGCACAUCAUCUUAAAAAAAAAAUGAAGCCCAGCCACUUACCAGUCUCCUUACACUGACGGAUAAACGUUUCUCCUGUUAGCUUGUUACUGCAACACACUGAAAAUACUUUAAAUUAAAACCAGGGUGCCCCCAUCUCUCCCACACUUUCUUUAGAUCAAUUAUGUAGAAAAGUGAUUUUCCUGGUCAAAAUCGUGCCUCUCACCGGCACAGGCCACCAAACGUCUCAACGAUUUUGAUUAUUUGUGAGAAAAUGUUCUGUUUGUUGUAAAAAGAGACACUUGAAGUCUCUAAAAGUGUGAUUUUUCAGUCAGAUAAACAAAAAUAUAUCAAGACUUGGUCAAAAAAAUACCUUAUUUAAGUCACAAAAUUCAACCCUGUCUGAGUGUUUGAACUUUCCUGUUGGUUUGCUGAUUAUUCUAGAUUUAUUAUUUAUUUAUUUAUUUUGUAUGUGUUGUUUGAUGAUAUGUAGACUGUUCUCUUCUUUUGGUUGUUGUUACAGAGCAGAGGGUCGUCGCAACCUUUUGAAUUCCACCACAUACACACUUUAAUCGUCAUAAAAACGAGCCUGAAACAUUCGCAGAUUUCUACAAAAUACUGAAUUUUAAAAAGUGUAUUCGAACAAUGUACAUAAACACAGAAAUAUA